CUGCGUCUUCUUCGAAGGUCAACUAGAAGUCAAUGGGGUGUGCGAAAGAGGACGUGUGGGAUUGUGAUUUUGGUUUUGCUCUACUGGAAGUGGCUUAUCAUGUAUACUCCAAUACCUGCCCGUCCCCGCAAUAUCAAUUCAUGUUGGCGUGAUGAAGAGCUCUGUAUGUUUUUGGUGAGCGUGGCAGAAGGAUUGGCUGCUAUUCCUGAAAACAUGAAAGAAGAUGUUAAUCCUUACCAGUACUUGCCUUCAAAUUUACCUGAAAACGUGACAGCAGAUGUUAAUCCUUACCAGUGCCUGCCUUCAAAUUUACCUGAUGGAAUUUGGUACUUAAUGAGGUCUGAGAGGAAACAGAACUCAGAGCAUGGAUUUUGGAAGGCCACGGGUGAGGCCUGUGAGAUUUUUACGGACUCUUCCCUCAUUGGUUGGAGAACUACACUUGAAUUUUAUAAAGGCCAAGCCCCUCAUGGACGAAAAACUAAUUGGGUGAUGCAAGAGUACAAGAUCACUGAAAAGUCACUUCACAUUAACAGCAAUUCAAAUGAAUCCAAUUUGCUAUGCAGAGUCUUUCCUAUCAAUGGGACCAGUCCAAAUCAAGAAGGGCAAAACAAACUGGGUGUUGCAGAAAUUGCUGGGCGCAAUGACUCUCAUCCAAAGUCAUCAUCACUUGUUCCAAACACUAGCAGUACUGCUGUACCAGGCUGCAUGAAUGAAUCCCAGGUUAGGAGGAGGGAUGAAAAUACAGGACCACCAACUGCUGCUAGGGAAAUUUGGUCUGAACCCCUGGGAAAUGUGCCUGUCAAUGAGUAUAUUCUUGGAGGUGACUUCUUGGAGUUGGAUGAUCUUGCAGAUCCAGAAUCACAAUCAUCCUGUUCAGAUAAUACAAGUUGUCUAUCAUUAACAUCAGAUGACUAUUUCGAUUCACAGGCUCUCUUAAAAGACAUCGGAGAUGAAGAGCAUGGCAGGGAUGACAAUUGCAAGUUUUUUAUUGCUAAAUAUGCAAAACCAAAUGAGGUGGUUAUAUGUGCACCAACUUUAGGAUCUCCCAUUGGCAGCGAAAGAAACAAAAAGCCACCUGCCAAGGAUACCGAAAAACAAUUCCUGGAUGGGAGGGUCUUGGAGAAUGCUAUCGAAAGGCAGAAGGCAGACAAGGGGAUAGAAGGUACGUCUAAUUGCCACAAUGUGGCAGCUUCAUCCAGCAGACAUAAAGCAGUCCCAAGAGAGGAAAAACAGCCUCCAGUUGGCAAGAAGAAAAAGCUAAAGAACAAGUAUCUGUGUUUCUUGCCAUUCUAGUCCUAAUAUAUUUGUAGGUAUGUAUGUCCUAACUUGGUAUAGAUAAGAAAGAAACAAAAAAAAAAAAAACCCUAUACCCUAAAAACAAAAGCAACAAAAAAAGAGAGAAAAGAGAAGGAAAAAAAAAAAACUUGGUGACCAUAUUGUGUCCCCAUGCCAACUAGGUCAGAUUCUAUCCUGUGGUCAUUCUGGUAGUUAUUGGUUCUUUUCUUGUUCAAUUUCGGUUGAAGGUAUAUUUACCUAACUUGUGACUGAUUAAAGAGGAAUAAAACUGAUAUCUAGCUGAGGGCAUUUACUGGAUGGAAGAUUGAUGUUAGGAGCUUUUAAGGGCAAGAAAGAAGAAGGAUUGAUGUUGAUGGGGAAGAAGGAUGGUAGGAGAAACAGACAGGCUGUAUGUUAUUCUUUGUCUGUAAAGACGGUUGAAGCUGUUGGCUAUUUGAAGAAGGGGGAAUAAUCAUAUUUGAUUUGGUGAUUCAAUGUAAAACAUAUUCCUACUCAUGAAGAAGACCAGAAGCAUGUAUGCUAAAAUAUUAAUUAAUAUAAGAAUUAUAGUUGCCCAUUGUA